UUAAAGCAGGUUGAUUGCUGGGGAAGUGGGGCCCAAUCCUAAACCUGAUGACAUCUGCGAGGAACUAUGUCAACCGUGUGUGGAACGUAGAGUCAUUCCUACACCAUACCCGUGAACCGCCGCUUGAUCACCGGGAUACUGUCAGUGUGACGAUCGCAAAAGACAUUCCUGACCGCUUUUUCCUCUGUUUAGGUAUUGUAGCACAUAGCGCCUUGCACAUUAAUUUUUUUUUUUCCAGUCAGUCACUGUUACAUUGCAUUCGCUGUCACGGGACGGUUAGUCUCUUUGCCAUGCACGGCCCUCGUCAUUACUAGGCUGUUAUAUAACCAUGUGUGUAAUGAGAAGUGAAAGGAGAUGACAGGGUUAGUGUGCUGAAGGAAAUCUUACUCAUAAACGCACGGCUGUCCUACGAAUGAAGCCGUUUUGCUGCAUAAUGGUAUGAACCGUUAUCAGAGCAGAUAUCUGAGUAACAAGCAAGCCAUCCCCCAUGAUCAAAAACAUAUUAAAAGAGCCCGCCAUGUCUCUCAAUUUUUUUUAUUUUCCCAUUUCCACUUUUUGCCCUUUCUUCUUUUUCAUCUCUCCAUGGCUGGCAGCUCAAAAAAGUCUGUGCGCUCACUUUGUGCGAAUGCCGUCCGGGCAAGAGGCAAAAGCUACUGUUUGGUUCAUAGACGAUACUUUGAAACCAGUUGGUGUCCUGAUUGCAGCCGGGUUGGAUGCCAUUGAUCCAUGGCGCAAAACAUUUAGAGAUAUCUAUAUUCCAAACUCUCGUCACAUUUCCACUUGUCCUAGCAGGCAUAGGAUACACUCCCGUCAAGAAAGAAAGAAAAAUCACCAAGAAAAAAAACCAAAAAAAAAAAUCCAUGAAAAAAACUCGCUCCACUUUUUUGUAAAUACAUUUCGGACCCUCUGGCCUUUUCAAUGCAGCCUUGCAAAAAAGAAAGAAAAGGAUAACAUAAAAAAAAUAUUACCACAACAAUCUGCCGCGAGCUCUUAUCAAAACUUUUUAUCGUUUUCUUUAGUCAUUAUCCGUAAUCAGAAAUCAUACUCAUAACACGUUCGCAUGUGAAUCGAUUGAAAAAAUUUUUAUACAAUAAAUACCUAUGUUUAAACCGCUUCUUGUUUGAUCAAGAAAUAAUA